AUGCCUGCCGACCAACAACAAAAAUUCACCGGUCACGUUGGUAGCUUAACUCCUCAGCAAACUGAAACCUUGGAAAAGUUCCGUAGUGAACUAAAUCAAGAGGGUGUCUUUGACGCAAGACGUCACGAUGAUGCCUGUCUACUUCGAUUUUUACGUGCUAGAAAGUUUGACCUUACUAAAGCUAAAAAAAUGUUUUUAGAUUGUGAAAAAUGGAGAAAAGAGUUUGGUGUUGAUGAGUUGGUCAAAUCUUUCGAUUACAAAGAACGAGAUGAGGUAAUGAAACAUUACCCUCGAUAUUAUCACAAGACAGACAACGACGGACGCCCAAUCUAUAUUGAAGAAAUUGGAAGGAUGGAUGUGAAAGCCUUGUAUCAAAUUACUACUCUUGAACGUCAAAUGCAAAAUUUGGUCGUCGAAUAUGAGAGACUUGCAGAUACUAGACUUCCAGCUUGCUCUAAAAAGAGCGGAAAGCUCAUCGAAACCUCCUGCACUAUCCUUGAUCUUAAGGGUGUUUCCUUACGUUCUUUUGCAAGUGUAUCUAGUUUCGUUAAACAAGCAUCAAACAUUGGUCAAAAUUAUUAUCCAGAACGAAUGGGAAAAUUCUAUAUCAUUAAUGCUCCUAUGCUUUUCUCUUCGGUAUGGAAUUUUGUAAAACCUUUGUUGGAUGAAGUCACUGCUGCAAAAAUUGUCAUCUUAGGUUCGAAAUAUAAGCAAACAUUAUUGGAAAACAUCCCUGCUGAAAAUCUACCUACCGCCUUUGGUGGUACAUGUGAAUGUCAAGGAGGUUGUCAACUUAGUGAUGCAGGUCCGUGGAAUGAGGAUCAUGCGCAAGAAAAUGGUCAUGUACACGAAAAUGGAACUGCGUCAGUUGCUUAA